AUGAAUGUCGUGAGCCGCAACCGCUUCGGACUUCAAUUUACAGCUGCCACAAAACAACUGCUGCCGAAGCAACAGCACCAAGUCCAGUGGACCUUGACAACGACUCGGACAUUCAGAUCCAGCAUAGCCGCGAUGGUAGAUGCACAACAGAAAGACUGGAGUGCAGCACAGUACCUAAAGUUCAAUGUAGAGCGCACGCGUCCAUCGCGAGAUCUGCUGAGCCACGUUCCGUUGAGCGCCCCCAAGCAAGUCGUCGACCUCGGAUGCGGACCGGGGAACUCGACCGAGGUGCUGGUGUCUCAGUACCCCAAGUCCACAGUCGCCGGCAUGGACUCGUCACCUGACAUGAUCGCGAAGGCGAAGGCUACUUUACCAACUGUGGAGUUCACGUUGGCGGACUUGGGCACCUACAAGCCGGACAGACCCGUGGAUCUGUUCUUUAGCAACGCGGUCUUUCAAUGGCUUUCGGCGGACGAGCGAAUACGCGUGAUCAAGACUUUGUUCGAAACGCAAGCUCCAGGAGGGGUGUUUGCGUUCCAGGUUCCGGACAAUUUCAAUGAGCCGUCACAUGAGGCCAUGAGGUCCGUUGCUGCGUCUGGGCCUUGGGCAGAGACGUUGAAGCGUCACCAGCCUGCGCGAGACGUGUUCCAAUCGCCGCAGGAGCUUUAUGACGAGCUGUCUCCGCUGGCGUCAAGUCUCAACAUCUGGCAUACGUACUAUCAGCAUGUACUGGAAAAUCAUGAAGCGGUUGUUGAAUGGGUCAAGGGCACCGGCUUGAGGCCUUUCAUCGACCCUCUUGCUCCUGAGCAAAGGGCCCAGUUCCUGGGAGAGUACUUGAAGCGUGUGAAGCAGCUAUAUCCGAUGUCGCAUGAUGGCAAAGUCUUGUUGCGCUACCCGCGACUAUUCCUGGUCGCCGUCCGUAAACAAGGCGUCUCUAGAGUCAUAUGA